AUGUCGUUUACAACCAAAGCUACGCGUGUUGAUCGCGAUGACUAUGCAAUCGAUCAUUAUGCCGAUUUCUUGCGUGAUUCACAUCGGACUCGAUUAACAUUCGAUCUUCUCAAUAUUGCCAAACGACAACAUCAAUGUAAAGAAAAACUCCUCUCUCAAGCUCAUACGAUCCGAAUGAAAGAACAUACGCGGAUUGAAAAUGAAUUUUUAAGAAAACUCGAACGUAAUACUCAGAUUGCAAAUCUAUCAACUAUCAGAAGAACUUUACGAGAUCGACAUCGGCAAGGUUCGAGUCCAUCACCUCCACCAUUAACAUCACGUCAAUCGCAACCAAGUGAGCAGCACGACAAAUCUGCACCGAAAUUGAGUCUCUCUCGGCCACCAUCAGCACGCACUGAACGUAUAAAUGCCAAUAUUGAAAAAUUUAUUCAAACAAAUACACUUUUAUGUUAG